CUGUCACUAAAAUUUAUUUCGAUCAUGGUAGAGGACAAUAUCUCGCUGGAAGCAGCCACACGGCGGUACAAAGAGUCAAUCUCGAGAUUUGCUGCUAUCCGGUAUGCAGUGGGAUACUAUAUAUUGCACUAUUUCAUCAUCAUCGCCAAUAAUGUACUUGCUGUCAAAGAGAGGUUCAUAUCGUCCGCACAUCCACCUACAGUUGUCAAAAAAUAUGCUUGUCUACCAGAACUACACAUAAGGAUUUUCUACCCAAAAGAAUUCAACGCACAAUCUCAGAGGAAACUCCCUACCAUUCUCAGUAUCCAUGGCGGCGGUUUCGUUAUGGGUAACCCUCGCGACGAUGAUCUGUUCAACUAUAACUUUGCAAACAUGCAUUCAGUUCUGGUCGUUGCACUCAACUACAGAAAAGCCCCUCGCGUUCGUUUCCCAACACCAAUUUAUGAUCUGGAGCAACUUAUCUUCGCCGCCUUAUCUGACUCUUCCCUGCCCAUCGAUAAGGAUCGUGUUGCUCUGAUGGGCUCUUCUGCCGGUGGAAACCUGGCGCUCUCCGUAUCUACACUACCCAGCAUGUGUGGCAGUGGAGACGGCGUCAGGCGGAUCAAGACCGUGAUCCCAAUGUAUCCUGUGGUUGAUAUGUCUGUAACACAAAAGUACAAAAUGCAGACGAGGCAGUAUAAACCAUCGCUUGGGGGCUUCCGCGCGAAACCUGUUGACUUUCUUGCUCGACUUUCCCCAGUCUUUGAUGCAGCUUACAAACUCGCUGGACAAGACUUGCAAGAUCCUCUUCUCAGUCCCAUUUACGCACCCAAAGAACAACUGCCGCCAAAUAUAUUUGUACUUGCUGAUGAGCUUGACAUGCUCGCAAAUGAAGCCUGGAGAAUGAUUUGCGGUCUGUCAGACCAUCCAACCGAGGAGCAGGCUGUUGGUCGGAGUCAUGUUGGCCCACCAGGGAAGCUAAUUCUCGACGACGAGAAGUUCUCGUUUGAAGUGAAGAAACAUGAUGGAAACUACAGAUGGUUGUUGAUCCCAGAUCAAAUUCACGGUUACGACCACUACGAUUCAUUGCAGUUGUUACAUGGAGAUAAGGAGCUGUCAAAAGAUGCGGAGCUGAAGACCAGAGAAGCUCAAAAGUUGAUUGGGAGGUGGCUUUUUGAGGGUCCAUUUGCAUAA